UGCUAGGUCACGAUAUCACGAAUGCGUGCGAAAUCGCAUAUAUAUAUUUCGUCAGAUUUUGCUAUAACCUUCGUCUGACUUUUUAUUUUAACGUCCAUUUUCGCGUAAACAAGAUCGGAUAGGAUUUAUGAGAAUCUGCGACAGAGAAUCAUGCGAUUCGUAACAGCGGUGAAUGUGAAAUUGCUGCCGAUUCUGCGGCAGCAUAACUCGAUCGCGCGCUCCUUGUGCAAAGAUCGCUCUUUUUCGGAUCAUCGCGUGCCGUUGCCAGCGUGUAUCAGACCGCAAUUAGCGCGAACGGAAUAUUUAGGGGGAAGAUUAUUGAGAAAUACACGCGGACAUCGCAUUCAUCCUGCGGUGGUGACGAUGAAAUUCUUCGCCACAAAAAGCAAUGGUAAUGGAGAUCAACCUGGAGAUUAUGCUGGCUCUUUGCCUGCAACUGUGGUAGUACCUGAAGUAUGGCCUUAUGUGCCAGUCAUCGCUAUCAACAGAAAUCCAGUGUUUCCUAGGUUUAUCAAGCUUAUCGAGAUUAGUAAUCCAAUUUUGAUAGAUCUAAUACGAAGAAAAAUAAAGCUGAAUCAACCUUAUGUGGGGGUCUUCUUAAAAAAGACUGAAGAAAAUGAAGCUGAAAUUGUUCAAAACUUAGAUGACAUUUACUCCAUCGGAACGUUUGCACAAGUACAUGAGGUGCAGGAUCUAGGAAACCGAUUAAGAUUAGUGAUUAUGGCACACAGAAGAAUCAAGAUUGUUAAUCAGAUUUUUGACGAUCCAGCUCCAAAGCCAGAACAUAAAAUGAAACUGACGUUCCCAUUAUUAAAUACUACAAUUACCGUUCCUGUAGACGACACAAUAAACAGCAGCAAGAUAAGCCGGAGAUCAAUGCGGAAGAAUAGAGCAGAGAAUAGAGUUUCAGAGAGGAUAGAAAAAGUCGAUGAAAUGGGCUCUACAGAAGUAAAACCGCCGGUAGAUUCCUCUGAAAAAAGUACAGAGAAAUCAUCAAAUUCGUUAGCACCUCAAUCCGGUAGUCAACCUAUAUUAAUGGUGGAAGUUGUGAAUGUCACACAUGAAAAAUUUAAACAAACAGAAGAGAUUAAGGCUUUGACGCAAGAACUCAUUAAGACGAUUCGUGAUAUAAUCAGUAUGAAUUCUUUGUAUCGAGAAGCAUUGCAACAAAUGCUGCAUCAAGGGCAAAAAGUUGUGGACAAUCCAGUUUACCUCAGUGAUUUGGGUGCUGCUUUAACUGGAGCAGAUGCGCAAGAGUUGCAGCAAGUCUUGGAAGAAAUGGAUAUUUUAAAAAGAUUGAGACUUUCUCUCGCACUUUUGAAAAAGGAGUACGAAUUAAGUAAGCUACAGCAGAAAAUCGGCAAAGAGGUUGAAGAGAAAGUAAAACAGCAACACAGAAAAUAUAUUCUUCACGAACAAUUAAAAGUCAUCAAGAAAGAAUUGGGGCUUGAAAAGGAUGACAAAGAUGCGAUAGAAGAGAAGUACAGAGAAAGAAUAAGACAAAAGACAGUUCCUAAACCAAUAAUGGAUGUGCUGGAAGAAGAAUUGAAUAAAUUAUCCUUCUUAGAAAGUCAUAGUAGCGAAUUCAAUGUUACGAGAAAUUAUCUAGACUGGCUUACGUCCAUGCCAUGGGGUGUGACAAGUACAGAGAAUUUAGAUCUUCAAGAUGCCAUCAAAAUUUUGGAUGAAGAUCACUAUGGAAUGGAAGAUAUAAAAAAAAGAAUUCUUGAAUUCAUCGCUGUUAGUCAACUGAAAGGCAGUACACAAGGAAAGAUAUUAUGUUUUCACGGGCCUCCUGGAGUCGGCAAGACCUCUAUAGCUAAAUCAAUCUCUCGCGCUUUAAACAGGGAAUACUUUAGGUUUAGCGUCGGCGGAAUGACGGAUGUGGCGGAGAUCAAGGGACACAGGAGAACGUACGUGGGAGCAAUGCCAGGCAAAGUCAUUCAGUGCUUGAAAAAGACUAAAACUGAAAAUCCAUUAAUUCUAAUAGAUGAAGUCGACAAGAUUGGCAAAGGACACCAAGGAGAUCCAGCAUCUGCUCUCCUCGAGAUGCUCGAUCCUGAGCAAAAUGCGAACUUCUUAGACCACUAUUUAGAUGUUCCAGUGGAUUUAUCGAAGGUCCUGUUUAUCUGCACGGCAAAUGUAAUAGAUACUAUCCCAGAACCUUUGAGAGAUCGUAUGGAAAUGAUAGACAUGUCGGGUUAUGUCGCCGAAGAGAAGCUCGCCAUCGCGAAACAGUACCUAGUUCCACAGGCUAGAACUGAGUGCGGUCUCAACAACGAGCAAAUCAAUAUACAGGACAAAGCGCUUACAACGCUGAUCAAAUCUUAUUGUCGAGAAUCGGGAGUGAGAAGCCUGCAGAAGCAUAUAGAGAAAGUGCACAGGAAAGUGGCGUUUAAGGUCGUCAAGAAGGAGGCCAACAAGGUCGACAUCACCGCGAACAAUCUGCACGAGUUCGUCGGGAAGCCCAUAUUCACGCACGACAGGAUGUACGAAGUUACACCUCCCGGUGUAGUAAUGGGAUUGGCGUGGACUGCCAUGGGCGGAUCCACUCUGUUCAUCGAGACUGAUAUCAAUAAACCGACGAACGGCAAAAAGUCCGACGGUACUGUCGAAGUUACCGGUCAUCUUGGUGACGUGAUGAAGGAAUCUAUACGUAUCGCGAUGACCGUGGCGAAGAAUCAUCUAAAACAUGAGGAUCCCUCCAAUACGUUUCUCUACGAUUCCCAUUUGCAUCUACAUGUACCUGAGGGCGCUACUCCGAAAGAUGGACCUAGUGCUGGUGUGUCGAUCGCUACGGCGUUUCUUUCUCUCGCUAAAAAUCAAGCUAUUAGACAAGACGUAGCGAUGACGGGCGAAUUGAGUCUCAAGGGUAAAGUACUUCCUGUUGGUGGCAUCAAGGAGAAAACUAUUGCAGCAAAGCGUGUCAAUGUUAAAUGCAUAAUUUUACCUGAGGAGAACAAGAGAGAUUUCAACGACUUGCCUAAAUAUAUUACAGAUGGUCUAGAAGUGCAUUUUACUUCAACAUUCGAUGAUGUUUAUCGUAUAUGUUUCGAACAAACGCACAAAACUAACCCUCUUCAAUCUGAGAAACCAAUUAGUACUCACAUUUCAUCCACACAAUCAAUAUACAGUUAAAUGUAUAACAGUAUACUGCUGACAAAAUUUCUAUUUUAUAUUUUAUUUCUUGUAUAGAAUAUAAUAAUAUAUUGGAUUGUACGGAAAAUUCGUUCCGUUUUUUACUAACGGAUGAAGACCGAAAAAAC